UACUGGGAUAUUACAUAUGACAAAUUGUUUCAAAAAUCCUAAAUUAAAAAAAAAUUAAAUAUAACACGGGAUUUUUGUUACCGAAAACUUUGAUCUUUAAAGCCAUGAAACCUCGACAACAAUCUAGUGGCGAUGUAAGAAAGAAAAAUCUCAAAACCUCUAUAGAAAACCGUCGCAGCAAAUCUAAGUUAUCGGCGCGAUCCAACAGUGUGAUUGAAGCUGCACGUCGUAUGCCCCCUUCAAAAUAUUAUAGUCCCGGUGUGGAUUAUGAUGACUUAUUGUUAAAAUUUCGCGAAGAAUUUAAUAAGGCCUGGGAUAAUCCCAAGCCUUCGCCCGAGAGCGGUCUGGAUGGCUAUGAUGAGUUGGCCACGCUGGGAGCGGGUUCUUUUGGUCGCGUGGUUCUGAUUAAACAUCGCAAUGCCGGCAAUUAUUAUGCGGUAAAAAUUCUGGUAAAAGAUCAAAUAGUUAAAACGAAACAAGUGACCCAUGUUCAUAAUGAGAAAAGGGUUUUGGCUGCUAUUAAUUUUCCAUUUCUUAUAAGUUUGGAAUUUUCUGCCAAGGACUAUGAUUAUUUAUAUUUGGGUUUGCCUUUUGUCAACGGUGGUGAAUUGUUUACCUAUCAUCGCAAAGUUCGUAAAUUUAACGAGAAACAAGCCAGAUUUUAUGCUGCUCAAGUCUUUAUGGGUUUGGAAUAUAUGCACACUAUGCAUUUGCUUUAUCGGGAUUUAAAACCAGAAAAUAUUUUACUUGAUAAAUAUGGUUAUAUCAAAAUUACCGAUUUCGGUUUUGCCAAAAAAGUUGAAACUCGCACUCUUACCUUGUGCGGCACCCCUGAGUAUUUGGCUCCCGAAAUUAUACAAUCAAAGCCCUAUGGCACCAGUGUGGAUUGGUGGUCUUUUGGUAUUUUACUUUAUGAAUUUGUGGCAGGAAGUUCACCCUUUGCGCCCCACAAUCGUGAUGUAAUGGUUAUGUAUACUAAAAUUUGUGAAGGUACCUAUAAAAUGCCCGCCUAUUUUAGUGCGCCAUUAAAGGAUUUAAUAGAUCAUUUGCUGCAAGUGGAUUUAUCGAAAAGAUAUGGUAACUUAAUAAAUGGUAUUAAAGAUAUAAAAGAUCAUGCGUGGUUCAAAAAUGUCGAUUGGUAUGCUCUGUUAAAUCAAGAAAUCCCACCUCCCUAUAUACCACGCAUUUCCAAUGUGGAGGACUUAUCAAAUUUUGAUAAAUAUCCAGAUCCGAAACCUCCACACAAAUCAAAAGUUAAUCGUCAUGCUGAUUUGUUUGCUAGUUUUUAAUGCGGAUUUAUAAAAACAUGUAAUUAAUUUCUAAUUUCUUAUUUAAUUUAAAUA